GUAAUAGUAUAUAACCAAACAACACUUUCCCCAAGUACUUCAUUAUAUUCAGUUUUUGGUGGAGGUGUCGACGAUUCAAUUGUACCAACUAUCGAAAUUAAAGAGGCCAAAAACAAUAAACCAUCUCCCCGUCCAAUUUUAUCACACUCCAAUUCAGUUCAAUCAUUAUUACAGGGUGUUAGUAUAAAGAAACGUACUCAAUCAAGUGGUCAAUCUACUAAAGACUCUAUCUUAUUCCAACCACCACUCCCAUCCUAUACAAAAGACUUGGACGAUUUAUUCUUUAUUACUUCCCCUAAUCACCCAGGCAAAUCAAUUCCAUGUCUAUAUCAUAAAUGGAGAUCAAGAGAAGGAAAAUACGACUCAAAAAUUUACAAUUCUAUAUAGUUCUGGUAAUUUAGAGGAUAUAGGUUUUAACAAGAAAGCAUAUGAAAAUUUUAGUAAAUAUCCUUCAAUGUAAUAUAUUAUGUUAUGAUAUUACAGGUGUUUGGUUUAAAUGGUGGUAAACCUUCAUUAAAAGAAUCUUAUGAAGAUUUAAAUAUAGUAUUUUACUAUUUAAUAAGUAUUUUAAAAAUUAAUUCAAAAAAUAUAAUAUUAAUGGGUAAAUCGAUAGGUACAAUUACAACAUUAAAAUUUGCCUCAACAUUAUUUCCAAAAUUAUUAAAAUCUAAAAAUUCAACCAUUGUAAUUAAAUCACCCACAUCACCAGUCGAAUCAUGUAAACAGUAUAAAUCAGUUGGUGGUAUAAUAUUAUUAAAUUCAUUUGGUCCUGGUGGACUAAGUGAUAAUAUUGUAAAUUUAUUAUUAUCCUUGGAUGCAUUUGAACAUUUAAAAAAAGUAGAAAGAAUAACGUGUCCAGUUUUAUUAAUACACGCAGAAGAAGAUCAAGUUGUUAAUAUAAAAAGUUCAAAAAAAUUAUCGAAACUCUUUAAUAAUUUAUUCAAAUUUACCCGAGUUAAAGAUGCAGGCCAUUGGAAUCUUGAUACCCAUUAUUUGGAUGACUAUGAAGAUGACCUGAUGGAGUUUGUAAAAGUAGUAUCACCCGAAAGCUUUGCCAAUAGAAAAGAAAGAGAUGAACCAGCCAGUUAUGCAAUGUCCCCAAAUAAAGUUAUAGGCAAUUGGUUGGAUCGUAUGGAAUUGAUUCAGUAUACUCAAAACUUUUUACAGUUUGGUUAUUUCGAUAUGAAUUCAAUUUCAACUCUUGAUGAACUAUUAUUGGAAAUGAUUGGUAUCAGUGAUCAAAAACAUAUUUCAACUCUUAUGAAAGAAAUUGAUAACAUUAAUAAAUCACUUUAUAGCAAUACUUCUAGUAGUUAUAGUAUGAUGACAAUAAGUAGUAGCUGUAGUAUCGAUAGUAGUCUUAAUAGCAAUGCAAGUGGUAUUUUAAGUAGUAAUAGUAGUUGUAGUACAACAAGUAGUUCUAGCAGCAGUAGCAGUAGUAAUAAUAGCAAAAGCAAUAAUGGCGAUACUCCCUCAAGCUCAACACCCCCAGGUUCGACACCCUCAAGAAAUUCUGCAAACCUUGACACAGAGUGCACAGUAAAUUCAAGUAUAAGCAGCGGUAGCUGCAAUUAUUGUACACUUGAUGAAUGUAAUGAUUUGGAUAAAUUAAAAGAAUAAUAAAAUCAUUUGUAUAUAUAUAAAAAAAAAAAAAAAAAACAAUAUAUAGUAUUAUUUAGUUUAAUUAUUAAAUAAUUUUUUUUUUUUUUUUUUAACUAUCUAAAAAAAUAAAAUUUAAACCAGUAUUUAUAAAUUGUAAAUAAAAAAAAACUAUAAAAUUAUAAUAUAAUAUUUAUAGAAAUUU